AGCGUGACACCUCUCACAGAUGCACCGUUUCUUGUCGGACCUCACCCGAGGCUGGCUGAUAUUUCUACCUCUCUGCCUCUCGAUACGUGAUCGGGACCAGAGAAUCAGAUCAACAAGGCCUAGAUCGGACAGCUAGCACGCUCCCGGCAGCCCCAGCAGCCGCCCAGCAAGGAUGAAGGAGUGCAUCUGGCUGGGGAGACCCUGACCUUUAUUUAGAAAGAGGAAACCAGAUGGCAGGGCCCAGAGCAUGGGCCCCAGCGAUCCUACGGGUACAGCUUCAACGCUGCACUCACCCUCACUCAUCAACCUGAGGGCUGCGCAAUCACAACAAAUAAGAAAGGGGCACUAAUGUCGUACCCAGCGCAGCAGGGUGCCGGAUGCCCCCCAGGGUUGUCAAGUGAGAUGAGGUAGAUGCUGUGUCACCCGCCCACGGGAGCACGGCAGCGACCUGGAUGCUUUGGCGAGCAAAAAGUAAAUUUCUCUAGCGACUCGGUGAACUGACAUCACCGCCAAGUGCUCACGGGUUCUCUCACGGGCUGACGGGCUGGCGGGCUCCAGGGAGGGUUGCAGCCCGGACCGGCUCGAAGAUUUCAAUACUCGGCGUCUUGUGUGUCCUGUGUCCUGGGCAGUGGCGCUGGCUAGGGCUCAGAGACGAUAUCUACCAUACUAUCUUAUUAAUGCAUAAUGUAAAUACGCCAAACAACCAACUCGCACCAAACCACCAGUCGACUUCUUAGGUCUGUGUAGGUGGAUGGUGGCCUAUGAUGGACGAGGAACCUUGUUGAUGCCUGCACUUGACCCCAGAGUCUUGGCAGCACCCUCUCCAAAAGAUGCCGAGGCAUCUCUGAUAGCCGCAGCGCGAACACGACUCCAACCCGAGAACCCACCAACGUGCUUCACGCCUCCAAACAGCUCUGAACAUGGACAAUCUAUAAGCCAACGGAGCUCACUCACAGACCAGUAGCCUCUUACAACCCACACGCAGAUACUCAGUCCUGAAACUAGCCGCACACGGCACACGGCACACGGCACACGCCGCACGACACACAGCAUCGCAGCCAUGGCCGGCCAGCAAGCCAAGCCCCUGGAGGGCUACAGCAAGUAUGAACACUUCAACAUAACGAGCCCGGCCGCCUUUGUCGCCCACGUCGAGAUCAACCGCCCGCGCAAGCUCAACUCGUUCAUCGAGGCCAUGUGGCUCGAGCUGCGCUCCAUCUUCAACCAGCUGUCCGUCGACCCCGAGGUCCGCGCCAUCCUGCUCACCGGCGCCGGCGACCGUGCCUUUACCUCGGGCCUGGACGUCCAGGCCGCUUCCGAGAGCGACUCAGCCCUCCAGGGCGCCAACAGCGGGGUCGAUGGCGCCAGGGCCGCCACCAAGAUGCGCCGCCACAUCUACGAGUUCCAGGAGUGCAUCACCGCCGUGGAGAAGUGCGAGAAGCCUGUAAUCUGCGUCCUCCACGGCAUAUCGAUCGGCCUGGCCAUCGACCUGUCCUGCUGCGCCGACGUGCGGCUCUGCGCCGCCGACACGCGCCUGGCCGUCAAGGAGGUCGACAUCGGGCUGGCGGCGGACAUUGGCACGCUGUCGAGGCUGCCCAAGGCGGUGGGGUCCAUCUCGUGGGUCAAGGACGUGUGCCUGUCGGCGCGCUUCUUCGACGCCGCCGAGGCGCUGCGGGUCGGCUACGUGAGCGAGGUCCACGAGAACAAGGCCAAGGCCGUCGCCGCGGGCCUGGAGAGGGCCGUCCUCAUCGCCGGGAAGAGCCCGGUCGCCGUGCAGGGCACAAAGGAGCUGCUCAAUCACGCCCGGGAUCACACUGUGGAAGACAGUCUGCGGCAUACCGCUGUCUGGAACUCGGCUAUGCUCCAGUCGAGCGACGUCUCCUCGGCGCUCCUGUCUGGGAUACAGAAGAGGAGGCCGACGUUCGAGAAGCUAUAG